AUGUCGAUUUCCACCGGCGAUACCAAAAAGAAUAAUGUCUCUACGAAAAUAAAUCGUCUGUCAUCCAGGACACUGUCUGUUGGAGUGGGUGAUGUUCACGAAGUCAUCUCUCCACUUCAAGGAAAAGGCUUCAACUAUGAAGAAGCUCGUGCCAAUUUGGCUUUUGUAGAAGAGACUGGUUACAAGCCAGAGUUGAGAAGAAACUUUUCUACGCUAGCUUUGUUGGGAUGUGGGUUUGGCCUCACGAAUUCUUGGUGUGGUAUCUCGGGAUCUUUAGUGACUGGCAUCUCUUCAGGCGGUCCCAUGAUGAUUGUCUACGGUAUUUUGAUCAUCACUUGUGUUUCCAUGUGUAUCGCUGUGACGCUAUCGGAGCUUGCUAGUGCUAUGCCAAAUGCUGGUGGUCAAUAUUACUGGACGAUGAAAUUGGCACCCAGAAAAUAUGCACCUAUGGCUUCAUAUAUGUGUGGUGCUUUUGCCUGGGCUGGUUCCGUGUUCACAAGUGCCUCAGUCACCAUCACGCUAGCAUCUGCUAUUGUGGGUACCUAUUAUCUUGGUGCCGGCAAAACAGAAGCACCCCCAAGAUGGACCGUUUUUAUCACUUACGAGAUCUUGAACUUCUUGAUGAUUUUCUUCAACUUGUACGAAAAGCCUCUCCCGAUGAUCUCCCAGAUGGCUUUGUACGUCUCAUUGGUUUCUUUCGUGGUCAUCACGAUCGUUGUCCUCGCAAAAAGUUCUGGACAUUAUCAAAAUGCAAAGUUUGUCUUUGUUGAGUUCAAUAAUGGUACAGGCUGGUCCUCUUCCGGUAUUGCGUUCAUCGUUGGUUUGAUCAACCCUAACUGGUCCUUCAGUUGUCUUGAUGCAGCUACACAUUUGGCCGAAGAAACUCUCUCUCCCGAAACUGAUAUCCCAAAGGCCAUCAUUGGCACUGUUAUCAUCGGCUUUCUCACAUCAUUCAUCUAUGUGAUCUCGAUGUUCUUCUCCAUCAGGAAUCUUAAGGAGAUUCUUGACUCCAACACCGGUGUGCCAAUUUUGGAUAUAUUUUACCAGGCGUUGGGAAGUCGUGGUGGUGCCAUCGUCUUGGUGUGCUUUUUCCUACUUACUCUUGUUGGCUGCAACAUUGCAUCUCACACUUGGCAAGCUAGAUUGGGCUGGUCCUUUGCAAGAGACAAUGGAUUGCCAGGUUCCCGUUACUGGUCAAAGGUGUCAAGGACCGGUGUUCCAGUGAACGUUCAUCUCAUGUCUUGCGGCUGGUGUGCCAUCAUUGGUUGCAUUUACAUGGCAUCCACUACCGCUUACAAUGCAGUUGUCAUUGGCUGUAUCUCCUUCCUUUUGAUUUCCUACUCGAUUCCUGUCGUUUUUAUGUUGCAUAAGGGCAGAAAGAAUAUCAAGCAUGGACCUUUCUGGCUCGGCAAAUUCGGACUUGUCUGCAACGUUGUCGUUGUUUCAUGGACUGUGUUUGCGGUGGUCUUCUACAGUCUUCCUCCUCAAAUGCCUGUAACAGCAGGAAACAUGAACUAUGUUUGUGCUGUUAUUGUUGCUUACACGUUGUAUACUAUCAUUUACUGGUUUGCUCGUGGCAAGAAGAAGUUCACAACAAUCGAAGAGAGAGAAGAAAUGAUCCCACAGUUGACUCAGAUUGUCUCUCAGGAAUUGAUUGACGCGGAGUACGCAAAAAUGGAGAUGUAA